AUGUCGAUGUUGACGUAUGAAAUGAGGACAGCGGACGAAGUGGACAUUUCGAUUGUUUCAGGCCGUACGGCGCGCCACGGCCCUUCAGUGUCGGUGGUCAAUGGGCGAAUCAUCAACGGCGUGGACGCCGCUCCUGGGGAAUUCCCUGCACAGCUGUCCAUGCAGACUGAUGGGCGGCACUUCUGUGGAGCGUCCAUCCUGAACGAGAACUGGGCCAUAACUGCGGCGCAUUGCUUCGACAACGGUGGUUCCGUGGAAGUUCUGGCGGGCACCACCAAGUUCGAUUCGGGUGGAACUCGCCACAGCGUGGAGUUCGUCGAGGUCCACCCAAAGUACAACAGUUCAGACUCCUGGGUGAAUGACGUCGCCGUCAUGAGGGUGUCGCCUCCAUUCCAAAUAGAUAACGUGACCGUGGCGCGAAUACAGCUGCCUGCCGAGGGAGAGGAGACGCCAGCUGGAACCAACGUCACGGUGAUCGGGUGGGGACGCCUCUCGUACGGAGGGGCACGCCCAAACGACCUGCAGAAGGUUGACGUGCAGGUGUGGGACCAGCAGCUGUGCGCCACGCUGUUCUGGGACGGCUUCGAGAACACCGUCUACCCAACCAUGCUGUGUGCCGCAGGCGUCGAGGAGCAGGCGUCUUCGUGCAGCGGUGACUCCGGCGGCCCGCUGCUGCGCGAUGGUGUGAUGGUGGAAAUCGUGUCGUGGUCGUUCCAGUGCGCCACCCCACCGUACCCCACGGUCUACACCCGCGUCUCCAGUUACUUGGACUGGAUCAGGGAGAACGCCGGUUCCUGGUAG